UCAAUAACAGCCUAGUUGAGUCCAUAGUUGCAAAUUUAUUUUAUCACUGGUCUUCGAAGGAAGUUUAGUAACACUUGAAGCCAUUUAAAGCUUUAUUAACCAUGGCUGUCUCGGCUAACAAAACAAUAUUUUUAGGCAUAUUUUUUGCAAUAACAGCAGUCGUAGUGUAUAGAUACAAAGAUGUUUAUCAAUUUUACUUCGAAAGCCCAGUCCAAAUUUCUCCAGUGCAGGGAAUAAUUAAUUCCUGGUCCAACUCUAUCAAGCCACCUCUAAAGCAAUUUCAGAAACUUGCUGUCGGUGUUAACUCCAAUGUCGAUGUCAUUGUAUCUGGUGUUUCGCUAUUGAAAGCCUUAGACAUGAAACCUGGAGACAAGAAAAACAAUCACGUGCUCAGCAGUGUUGAUGAGUUGCAGGAGACCUUUUCAUUCUACUUUGCCAGGGGCAGUGCAGCUGAGCGCUCUUUUACGAAUCCCAUCAUAUACCAGAAAAUCAUCCAGACAGCUGAGACUAUCAGUGAUGUAGAGCAUUUUAUAGGAGGAAAUGCAGCCCUCAUGGCUAAAAAAGCUUCAAGUUUGUUCCCAAAAUUACAAAUCAACUUUGUUGGACCUGUUGGGCCCCUGCUAGAAAGUCUGAUGCCAAAAUCUGUCAAAAUACCAGACUCGUGUCGCAUCCCGAGAGAUGAGGUUCACCUCAUCAUGGAGUACAAAGUUGGCGAGCGCUGGGGGAAUCUGACCUCUCCUGUGGCCAAUCGUUUCAUCACAAGCCACGACGAGUCCAAUGCUAAAAUUGUCAUGCUGGAGCCUUACUUUGAGAGCAUCAAGGCUUUCCAACCAGAUCUCAUACUUCUUUCAGGAUUAAACAUUAUGGAUGGUCAGUCACCUAAAUUUUUUCAAGAACGUUUGAACAAGCUUGUUCACUUGUUAAAGGAAGUCCCAUCUACAGUUCCCAUACACUUAGAACUUGCCAGUAUGGCCAACAGGGAUUUUGUUAGGCUGAUCAUUGACCAGGCUUUACCCAACUUAGACUCUCUGGGCUUGAAUGAGCAGGAAAUCGUCUUCUCUUCUAAAGCCCUGGACGGUCCCCACCAUGACCAUUUUGACGAGGAGCAUGACAAGCAGCCAGAUAUCUACAAAAUCUCCGACAUCAUGUUGUUCAUCCUACAGAAAUACGGCAGGUCCGGCGCUAACCCUGGCUCUAGACUCACCCGGAUCCAUUUCCACUCUUUGACAUACCACAUUGUCGCUGUCGACAGCGCCGCCUGGUCUAACGUUGACGUCGCGGCGGCUGCAGGGACUCAGGUUGCCGGGUUGCAAGCUUGUAACAUUCCAAAAUUAUCCGAGGAACUUGUCCGGCUACAGAUUCCGCUGAAAUUUAAAUUAUAUACAGGAGAUGUGGAGCGGGAGUUUGAUCCACUCAAUCCGGUUAUAUCAUGGGAAACUAGUGGAUACCAUUUUGUGUUUAGUCCUGUGCUUGUGUGUAAACAUCCGGUUAAAACGGUUGGGCUCGGGGACGCUAUUUCAGCUACAGGUUUAAUGUUCUCUCAGUUCCAUUCAUAGUUGUUGUUGUUGUUAUAGAUGUUGCUGGAUGAGGUUGGCUUUUGGUGUGUGGUUGUAAUUCUGUGUAGAGGUGGUGGAAUAUCUUGUUUUUGUUAUGUCUAGUUUUUAUUUUUAUACAAUUGUUUGGAGCUCUGCCUGUGCAUUCCUGUAUAGCUUAGGUUAAGGUUCAAGUAAGACCUGGUUAGGUAAAUCAAGCUGUGGGUUAACGUUAGGCCUGCGAUCUGAUUCAUGGGAAGUAUCUUUGUGUAGAUCAAGCCAUGGGUUAUGGUUAAAGUGAAGCAGUCUGUGUGGGUCGGGUUAUGGCUUGAAAAUAGACAACUUUUCAAUGAA